AUUUUGCAACUUAAAAAAUAUUCCUUUCUACUUAAACAUAUAUCAACGAUGAAUACUUAACAAUGCCGCGUUAAACAUUGCUAAGUAGUGUUGACAAAGGCUUGAUAAUUUUAUUGAGACACAUGUCAACGUAGCACGAGCAUUUAAUUCGAUUGUAGAAUGCCACAUAUUAACAGUUAUAUAUGACUUUAUAAUCAUCGAGGAGUAAACGAAGACGCUACGACUUCUAAUCGAGCAUAUUUUACUUUAAAGAAAUUGCACAUAUUUUACUAAAAAUCCACCUUUCACAAUGGAGUGGAGAUAUCAAGGCAAAUUUGUGGAUCGUUCUCCAAAUAUCAGAGCAGCAGGUGCACCGCUAAAAAAAUGCGACAAACUUUCCGAUUGCCUAAAAGUUUAUCCAGUCGAUGAUGCCAUUGUAACAGUUCUCACCGAAGCAGGCCUACACAAAGUCCCGGUACCAUCUCCUGUUCAACGAUUGAAAAACUGGCGACAUGUUGGCAUUUACACAAACACGCAGAAAGUAUUAAACCCCCCAGUGGAUACACGAUAUAGAACCCUUCAAAAAGAUCUACAGGAAACCGUAUGGAAAUCCUAUUGGACUAAAGAGUUAGGCAGAACCAGCGAUCCUAUAGGUGCAAUUCCUACAAAAAUCGACAAAGAUUUCAUAUUUGGUGCGCCAUCGCGAAGAGAUAAACCAAAUUUGGAGGAAUUGCUUAAUCCGCCAAACGUAACACCCUACGAGCUCGCUUUCAAUGAUGCUGAGUAUCAUAAGAUGUAUACGGCAACACAUAAUGAUUAUUUUCAAGGAGAACAAGUUAAUCGCGAAUACGGGCCACCGUUUGAUAAAACUCUACGGUAUGGAAGUCUGCCGAGGCGCAAAGCGAGUGCAUUGUGUUCCAUAAAAUUAAUGGAAGAUAAACCACUAGAAGUGGCAAAUAAAAUUCUCGCUGAUUACAUCGACCGAACGCAUUUUCGGCUUGGAAAAACGCGUACGCCUAAUAAUAAUAUCGAUUGUGUGGAUGCCAAUCAUCGCUUUGGAAAGAAAAGCAAUCGGCCAUUGCACUCGCUAGCAGAUUUACUUCAUCCGAAUCGAAAAACUUCCCUAUUUCGAAAAGAUUUCUAUUCGUGGUUGAGCGCGCUGCACGAUGUUCGCAACACGUUUCAUAAGAGAAAUGUCAACUUUAGAGAACUGUAUGGUUAUUGCAAGUAUGCUGAUAUAAACGAUACAAAAUGGUUGGACAUUCAAGUGUUUCAACGUAUCCUGUUGGAUAAUCACCAGUCAUUUCCGCAUAAUGAUAUUCUACCGUUAGCUGCUUGCUUCGGCAUUUAUAAUAACGAACAAGUUCAAUACGAGGAAAUGCUUAAUUUGUUAAAUUGUAAGAUUAAAUUACCCGAAUUGAAAGAUUUUGAAGAUGAUAACAAACCCGACGAGUUUAUCACAACAGCACAAUACGAACACUGCAUGGCUCCAUACCAAGACAAUUCAAAUGAUCCUCCAGCUGGACAAGGAUUGCACCCGCCAUGUACUAGGGUAAAUCGCGAAAACUUAGGGCUUGAAACAAAUGUGGAAAUUCUGGUUAAUCCCAGCAUAUUAACCAACUACGGAUUAUCACACAUGGACUUAUUAGCACCACGCAAACCGGAAUACGUUCGAAAACUAUUCGAACGCUUAGGUUUUCAAUUUCCCGACGACACAUUCGAUGCCUUAUGGAAUAUUGGCAUGAAAAUCGAUGGAAAUACGAACGUAAGCGUUGAUACUUUCAGGUCACUUAUGCAACAAGCCGCGCCUAUUACAAUCAAACCAGAAGAGGAAGACACAUGCUUCCAAACAUAAAACUUCAUAAUUAAUCUUAAAUUGAAAUAGAAAUUAACUGCGCCUUC